AUGGUCAUGGGUCGUCGGCGCCCUCGCCAGUUGGACUCGCUCUCGAGAUCUCUUGCUCACAUGGCACCGCAGGAUCAACAGAUCCUCCUCCGCAUGGUAGGCGGUCCCCACGGUUCGUCCUCGGCGUUGCACAAAGACGUUCUGCGGGUGCGCCACCACCGAGUAGCGGCCUCGCAACAGCUUCGGCACGCUGAUCAGGUUCAUCCCGACGCGUGGCGCGAAGGGUUGGUUGCACUUCCCCCGCGGCGUGAGCUUCACCGUACCAAUCCCUUCGGCUCCACUGGAUCGCCCGCCAUGUCCAGCAUCUCGCGGUAG